UUGGCGAAUGACUGCAUUAUUAAAAGAACAGUUGAAAACGAAACGUGUUAUUAAUAUUGUAGCAAAAAUAUUUGCUAAUUGAGUUCAAGUGAAGGAAAUAAUUACAUAUAAGAAAAUCGUAAUAAGUUACCAUUGUGUUAUUUGUUCCAAAAACUUUGGGAAUAAAAUUAAAAGUGCAUAAAAAUUUAGAAAAUCUAUAUAGCAGCGAAUAAACGAAUAAAAGUUUUCAAUCCUCAAAUUAACACAUUUCAAUUGAAAUGGGUAAGGAUUUCUACAAAAUUCUGGGCAUCAACAAAAGUGCCAAUGAUGAUGAGAUUAAAAAGGCAUAUCGGAAAUUGGCAUUGAAAUACCAUCCAGACAAGAAUAAGACACCACAAGCAGAAGAACGGUUUAAGGAAAUUGCCGAAGCAUAUGAAGUACUCUCGGAUAAAAAGAAGCGUGACAUAUAUGAUCAAUACGGCGAAGAAGGUUUAAAGGGCGGCGUACCUGGUGGUCCAGGCGAACAAGGUGGUCCCAACUAUUCUUAUCAAUUCCAUGGUGACCCGCGCGCGACGUUUGCACAAUUUUUCGGCUCUUCAGAUCCUUUCGGAAUAUUCUUCAGCUCGAGUGAUCCCAGCCGAAUGUUUGGAGACUCACAAAAUAUAUUUAUGUCUGGUGGCGGCAACGAGGAUGAUAUCUAUUCUCAAAUGGGUGGUGGUGGAGCGUUCCGUUCUCAGUCAUUCAAUGCGCAGCCUAAUCGCAAAAGACAGGUUCAAGAUCCGCCGAUUGAGCACGAUUUAUAUGUUUCAUUAGAAGAAGUUGACAAAGGUUGUGUUAAGAAAAUGAAGAUAUCACGAAUGUCAAUGACAACAGGUCAGCCACGUAAAGAGGAAAAAGUACUGAAUAUCACAGUUAAACCUGGAUGGAAGGCUGGAACUAAGAUUACCUUCCAGAAAGAAGGCGAUCAAACGCCUGGAAAGGUGCCGGCUGACAUCAUUUUCAUAAUUAGAGAUAAGCCACACCAGCUAUUUAAACGCGAAGGCAGUGAUAUCAAAUACAACGCUCAUAUUAGUUUGAAGCAGGCGCUCUGUGGUACUGUUGUACAGGUGCCGACAUUACAAGGCGAUCGUAUAGCGGUGAAUUCGAAGGGAGAGAUCGUGAAGCCCAAUACAGUCAAACGUAUACCUGGCAGAGGGUUGCCGUUCCCUAAAGAGCCAACGAGGCGGGGUGAUUUAUUGGUUGCCUUUGAUAUAAAGUUCCCCGACAGUUUGCCUGACACCACAAAAGAACUUCUGUCAGAUGUAUUACCGAAUUAAGUUGCGGCUUUGCCCCAAAUGAAGUUGGGCAAUGCCCAUAAUGGUCCUUAGUUAUAAUUUAAGAUGGAUUAAUAUCAAAGGGUGAAAAUUAAUGAAUGAAAUUUGUGUACAAAUUAUUAUACAGUUGUAGUAUAAUAGUAAUUGAAGAAAAUCUGGUAUCAUUUGCGUCAGAUCUACCAUUUAGGUUAAUUAAAUUAAUUAAAAUAAUACAAAUAAUUUCUUCCUUAUGCAGUUAUAUAAUAUAUAUGUAUGUAUAUAAUAAUUAGCGAAAGCUUAGCAAUUGUAAAUUAUAAUUAAUGAUUAGUUAUAAGAUUAAUUUAAACAAAAGCAAAAUGUUGUAAGGAAGAAAUAUUUUUCCGAAAAUACGAACGUUUAAGUUUUUGUUAUCAAUUAAACACAAAGCAAGCAUCACUUAAGUGGACGGCUCUUUAGCUUAAGAUUGGAAGCGGUGCGUCCAUUAGCAUCAGCUGGCUAAUGAAAGAACACCUAGAUACAAAAACGUUUAUACCUGGAGACUGAUGAAAAUAAAUAUUUCUAAAAAAAAUAUUAAA